UGGGGGACCGGGUUCCCACUACUGGGAGAAAGGUGGAGAGCAGGUGAUGUGGGAGCCGGCCGUGGCAUUUGCUGGCGACACCGAGUUUGGGCAGGAAGUAGAGGAGUCGAGACCGGCGCCGCAGGAUCUCCGAGCUAGACUGUGGCAACAGCGGUGGCUCUUCUGCUGGAAGAGGACGAUGAGGAGCGACGGAAGCGGCACGGCGGGACGCUGCUGCGCGGCGCUGGGUUGCGUGUUCGCGACGGACUGCGCAGCUUGCGAGCAGAUCUAAGACACUUACAGAGUGCUACAAUGGAAAAGUCCUGGAUGCUGUGGAACUUUGUUGAAAGAUGGCUAAUAGCCUUGGCUUCGUGGUCUUGGGCUCUCUGCCGUAUUUCUCUUUUACCAUUAAUAGUGACUUUUCAUCUAUAUGGAGGCAUUAUCUUACUUUUGUUAAUAUUCAUAUCAAUAGCAGGUAUUCUGUAUAAAUUCCAGGAUGUAUUGCUUUAUUUUCCAGAACAGCCAUCUUCUUCACGCCUUUAUGUUCCCAUGCCCACUGGUAUUCCACAUGAAAAUAUUUUCAUCAGAACCAAAGAUGGAGUGCGUCUAAAUCUUAUUUUGAUAAGAUACACUGGAGACAGUUCACCCUAUUCCCCAACUAUAAUUUAUUUUCAUGGGAAUGCAGGCAACAUAGGUCACAGGUUACCAAAUGCAUUGCUUAUGUUGGUUAACCUCAAAGUUAAUCUUUUGCUUGUUGAUUAUCGAGGAUUUGGAAAAAGCGAAGGAGAAGCAAGUGAAGAAGGACUCUACUUAGAUUCUGAAGCUGUGUUAGACUAUGUGAUGACUAGACCUGACCUUGACAAAACAAAAAUUUUUCUUUUUGGCCGUUCCUUGGGAGGAGCAGUGGCUAUUCAUUUGGCUUCUGAAAAUUCACAUAGGAUUUCAGCCAUUAUGGUGGAGAAUACAUUUUUAAGCAUACCGCAUAUGGCCAGCACUUUAUUUUCAUUCUUUCCAAUGCGUUACCUUCCUUUAUGGUGCUACAAAAAUAAAUUUUUGUCCUACAGAAAAAUCUCUCAGUGCAGAAUGCCUUCUCUUUUCAUCUCUGGCCUCUCGGACCAGUUAAUUCCACCAGUAAUGAUGAAGCAACUUUAUGAACUCUCCCCAUCUCGGACUAAGAGAUUAGCCAUUUUUCCUGAUGGAACUCAUAAUGACACAUGGCAAUGCCAGGGCUACUUCACUGCCCUUGAACAGUUCAUCAAAGAAGUAAUAAAGAGUCAUUCUCCUGAAGAAAUGGCAAAAACUUCAUCUAAUGUAACAAUUAUAUAAUGUUUUUCUUUUUGAAGUACUGUAUUUUGUGCAGAAUGAUAAUGUUCCUUUCUAUAAGUAUGCUAUGUCUGUACUUGUCUGAAGAGUGACAUUAAACUUUAAAAGGACUUCUACUCUCCUUUAAGAUGAUCCAAAUAGUUUUUUACAUUUGAAAAACUAUAAUUCUUGGGAUUAUUUCGUAUAUUUUAAUCAAACCUUUCAAUGUGAUUAUGUAUCCAUGUCUUCAGUUUAAUGUGCCAGUAUAAUAUAUUUAAAAGUUUCUCGUUGCUAAAGUAUACUCUAUGUGAUACUUAGAUUAAUGGUUGCCUGUGGAAGGCAGGAUGUAAACGAGAAACUUUUGGAUAUUCUUUAGUAAAUAUUGGGACAAUCAUGCUAAGCAAACUUAGUUCUAUAACUGCGUUUUUCACCUUAAAAUGAAAUGCAUGAUGAUAUUUUAUUCCUUGAAUUAUGCAAUGCAAUGUUUUUAAUGUAAAUAGCACUGGUCGUAGACCGAUGUAUAUGGUAACUUGGGUUAUAUCUAUUUUUAUGUAAACUAUUUUGUUUUUGGCAAGAAGUGAAAUUGAAGCCUGUGUGCAGGUUGCCAUUGAAUUUUGCUCUGGUGAAUGCUGAGAUCCAGCUUUUUUUUUUUUUUUUUUUUGUCUUUAACAAAUAAAUGGGACCCCACUUUCCAAUAUAAAUGCACCAUGUUUUGUUAGGUACAGCUGGAUCGUGGCAUGUAAAAAUAGAAAUUUAGAAUUUUACUGCAGCUUUGAUGUGCAUAUUUGAACUUUUUAACAUUCGUAAUUUUGGUGGCAAAGAGAAUUUUAGCUUCUAUCAAUUUCAUAAUUCUACAGGUGAAUAAUGGCAGUCAUAAUGAAGAUUAGAACUUAAGAAUUAAAUUAGGAAGCCUUAUCGUUACAUAAUUGUACAUAUUGUUUUACAGAAAUUCCCACAUUUGAUUUCUAAAUCCCAGUAUCUAAUCCAUGAAAGCCAAGAUAUCCUUUAUUGGACACUCUCAAAAUAAAAGUUACAAAAACAAGCAAAAAGACUAUGUUCUUUGGUUUAAUGAUUCAGUUAAGUAGACCUGCAUCACAAGACAAUUUUAGGAAGUCUUCUUUUCUACAUGUAGGAAUGUAGGGGUGAGGGAACUCUAGAGGUUUUUAUCACAGAACCUAUUACCAUAUUUAACAGUUAAAUGGCUAUCAGUGGAAAGUAGUAUUUAGAUAUACAGAAAAGUAAGAGAAAUCUUAAAAAAAUAAAAGCCCCUUAAAACUUGCAGAAUUUACCUUAAAAUAUAUAUAUAAGCUUUGAGGCAUAGUUGUGCUAAGUUGUUUUAAGCAGUCCUCAAAAAUUAGAUGUAAUUGAGCUGUGUACAUUGUUAGUCAGCUUUAACAUAUUUUGAAUAUUUUAACUAUGUAUUGGCUUUAUACAAGCAGCUAGAUCAGAAUAAUGGGUCAGUAAUUUUGACCUUAAUUUAAAGUUUUUCCCAUGGAGAUAGGGCUAGAAAUACUUUUGCCAAAUAACAUUCUUAUUCACUUUAUGUUAGUAUCUAGAAAACAAUAAAUUAUAGCAAGUAUGAUUUCUAAAGGUUAAUGUUUUUCUACAAAUUAUUGUAAAAAUCAUGCUUUUAAAAAAAUUGGUAAUGCAUAUCAUGGAAGUGUAUUUUGUAUGUAUAAUUUCACUACAAUUAAAGGCUACUUUUCAUCUUA